AUGGGCAGCUGCUAUGAAACAAUCAAAUUCUUUUUGAUUGCAAUGCUUCUAUUUGAAUUAAUCAUCCUUAUGCCAUUUGCUGUAUCAGGUCUUGUGGUACUAAUUGAUAUCGCAGCGUUAAUACUAUUGAUGGGAAGCUGCUAUGAAACAAUCAAAUUCUUUUUGAUUGCAAUGCUUCUAUUUGAAUUAGUCAUCCUUAUGCCAUUUGCUGUAUCAGGAUUAAACCUCGCAAUAACGACUUCUAAAGCACCAGUCGAGGCCAUCAGUGGUUCAUGGAUUCAAAAGUUCAAUCUCAUUCAGCACCAUUCGUCAAAUUUGAUGCCACCACAGGUGCAUCGAGUUCAGUUGCAAGCAUUUUAA